AUGGCUAUGACUGACGUGCUCAGCGCUGAGGAUAUCAAGAAGGCUGUGGGACAGUUCUCUGGCCUUUCAUCUCCCAUAGCGGCUGAAUCUUUUAACUACAAGAAGUUUUUCGAGAUGGUAGGAUUGAAAAAGAAGAGCCCAGAAGAUGUGAAGAAGGUUUUCCAUAUUCUUGAUAAAGAUCGAAGCGGCUUCAUCGAAGAGGAAGAAUUAAAGUUUGUACUGAAGGGCUUUACCCCAGAUGGAAGAGACCUAUCGGACAAAGAAACGAAGGCUCUUCUGGCUGCUGGAGAUAAGGACGGUGAUGGUAAAAUUGGCGCUGAUGAAUUUGCAACUAUGGUGGCUGAAUCAUAAAGGCUUUGACCAAUGCAAACCCUUCACCCAUCCUUCACUGCCCAAUUCCAACCACCUCCUGCUGACUGCUUUGGCUCCUGUUCUAUUUAUUUAUGUUAUUUUAUACUCCAGCUCUGUUCUCUGCAAUCCUGCAACUCUGUAAUUGUGCUGAAAGACACUGUCAAAAUAAUAAAGGUCACAUCAACCUGGGCUUC